UAUGUCUGCCAAUUACAAAACCAAUAAGAGACCACGUUCUUUCGCAAUUGUAAAAGUUAAACAUUGCUGAUGCAAUUAUAUACUACCUCUCCUUAACAAAUGAAGUCAUUUGGAAAACAUUGAAAAUAUCAAGAAACAAUUGAUAUUUCUCAGUUUCAAUAAUUAUACGUUUACUGAAAAUUCUCACCAACGUGAACAUUAGUCUCUUUACUAAUUAAUCGCCAUCCGAUCGACUUAUUUUAAAACCAGCCCGCCGUGAUAUAGGAUAUGCUUGCGACCGAAUCGAACGAAAAAUGGCUGCAAACGUGAGAACAGGUGAGUGAAAUGCGAAUUCCUACACGCUCGGCUCCUCGUCCACCUGUUAAUUCAACAGCACAAAGAAACUCUCUUUGGAACAACAUAAACGAUGUCUUUGGAUCUACGUUAGCGCAACAGCCCAUUCAAAAGAAGAAACCACCCCCUCGACCACCGCCACCGAAGUUUAAUCAGAACUAUGCGCAGGCACAGAAAGACAAAUUAAAGAAAUCGGCGAGACCAACAGAACUUUUGUCCAAUCUUUUUGGAAGAAAAAGAAGCGAAUAUUCGAGUACAACGCAAUUAAAUAGUCAUAUACAAAAUACGAUACUGCAAUCAGAGAACACAAAUGGAUCGGUUUGUUUGAUCGAUCUCAGCCCGCCGGGCUCUCCGACAUUCACAACUAGAUCGAGCAGCGAUGGUGUUAGCGUCGAUAGUUUUGGCAGCGAUGGUAACUCAAAUCCAUCCGUGUUUACAAGCAGUGGGAACACAUCUCAAACGGAGAGUGGCUUCGAAGACGAUUUUGACUUUUUUGGAAUAUCCACUAAAAAAGUACAACAAAAUGAUCCGUGGCAAGUUAAUCCAGUGCCAGAUCCGUUUGGACCGUUAGAAGCUACCAAUAAUCAUAAUGCAUCGCAAUCUGUGAAACAUGUGGGAGAUGCAAGUUUUUUUGCUUUUAACGCGAACAAUCAUUUUGAUCAAGCGCCUCCCAAUCAAGCGUGUUCUAAAACCAAUCGUUCAAUGCCAACUAUUAUUCGUGCAAAACCACCUAAACCGGCGGCACCAAAGUUUCUACUAAAGAAAAUGGAACAGAAAAUAAAUUGUACGGAAACUGAGUUCGAUGGUUUCAGUAAAACAACAGUGCCUUUUACCAAGUCAACGACAUUAGAUUUAACACAUUCGUGGCCAAACGAUUUUAAAAAUAGCCCUUUUCCACCAAUGCCUACAAUACCGCCACCUGCACCACCGUCAGAGUAUUUAAGAGAAGCAAACAACGAUGAGCUUCCGAUCAAUAACAAAAAACCUUAUGGAAUUGCGCUUUACGACUUCUCAGUAACACAUUCGGAUGAUCUGCCUUUCAAAGAAGGCGAUAUUAUAUAUUUAAUAAAAAAGGUCAACGAUGACUGGAUGGAGGGUAGAAUAGGAAAUCAACAAGGAAUAUUUCCUAUCAAUUUCAUUGAUAUCAAAGUACCGCUGCCUGGUAUACCAGACAAUGUCGUUACUGCUAUUUACUCGUUUAAUGGUGAAACACCGGAAGAUUUACCAUUCAGUGAAGGCUCAAAAAUUACGGUUCUAUCAAGGAUAUCGCAGGAUUGGCUAUACGGUGAGUACGAUGGUCGAAAAGGACAAUUUCCAGUAAAUUACGUAAACAGAGUACCAUGUACUAUGUCACAAUCGUAUUAAUUUUACACACUGUACUAUAUUACAAAUUAUAGUAUUCUGAUAUAUUCUCUACUGCAAGUUGUAACAGUAAGUCUUACUCUUUAUAUACGAUAAAUAUUUUUGCGAUGGUAUUGCAUUAUAAGGAAAAUAUUGAAAAUUUAAGGUUCAGCUUUCGAAUCAUAUUUCCUUAAAUACAUAUUAUAAAAUUGUAAUCACGAAAAGACUGAAUUUUGUGCAAGUACACAUUGCCUUGCGAAAUUUCGAGAAGAUAUUUUUUAUCGGUUUUUAAGCCAAAUUGAAAAAAAUAAAGUUUGUUUUUCGAGUAUGAAAAAGUACAACAAAAAUAAUAGUUUCAAUUUUCUAACGAAACAAUAUUUUUUCUUUACAUCAUAAAUAUUUGUAACGAUGACAAAAUUGAGGGACUAAUACGAAGGUAGGCUGAAAAGUAAUGCACACAUGCUCGUAGAACAUUAAAGUACAAUUCUUAAGCUUCAAAAUCAUAUAUUUAUUUUUCAACAUAGUCACCGGUCUUUCAUUCCGUCACUGAACAAUUCUUCCGACUUUUUUCGAAUCCAGGACUCGAUAGCUUUCACCUCAUCGUUCAAGGUAUAAUGAUUACUCUUAAGGUCUCUCUUGAGUAGAGAAAAGAAAUAAAAAUCGCACUCUGUUUAACUCGCGUGGACACAGCGCUGAAACACGUCUUCACACUUCCGCUGCUCGAAAUACACUGGCUGAACGAUGAACGCGAGGCCUUCAAAGUUCAAACUGCGCAUGCGUACAGAGGAGAAACGUUACUUCCAUUUAGCGCGCUUUUGAAGGCCAUUUUUGCACGCUUUUCAAGCAUCUAUGCAUUACUUUUCAGCCCACCCUUGCAUGCAUAUUAAUUCUUGAUUUUCAAUGAACAAAAUAAGUAAAAUAAUGUUUUUUACUAUCACGAAGAUAGUUAAUUGUUAAUUGUUAAAAUUUAUCUCGUACAGAAUAUUUCGUUUCAUUUGAUAGAGGACAAGUUAUUGUUAAAUAUAUUUGAGAAAUGCAAAUAUAAAUUUAAUAUAAAUGCGCACAGAAUGGAAAUUGUCCUAUUUAAAUGUCAGUGCCUGGCAGAUAUUUAUCUUUACAAAUUAAGUAUUAAAUAAUAUGUCCCUUGCAUAAAGAGUAAUACUGUAUAGAUGAUUUUUUAAAAUUUUAAAAUAGCAUCAUUUUAUAUUUUAAUUUGUUUAAUUAGUUGUGUUUAAUGAAGUAGAUAAAUUCCAGAAUUAUUAGGAGAUCCGUAAUAAAUUAGAAUGUUUCACAUAAAAUAAUUUUGUAUAACAUGCUAUACAUAAGUAACGUAUGAAACAGUUGGUAUUUUUUCACGUGUACAUAAAAUAUUACAAACUUGCUAAGAUUAACGCAAAAUCAUUAUUAAAAACAUUUUUAUAUAUAUGUAAUAAAUAUCAUAUUUUUAAAUAUAUACAAAAUACCAGCAGUUUUUUAAACUGUUUUACGUAUCUUAUACUACACAUUUC